AUGUCACAAACAGCGCGGAGCUCUGCCGAAGAUGUGUCGUUGUCCAAGGCGGAUGGAAAGAAGCACUUGUUGUUAGCCGCGUCGGGCUCAGUCGCAACUAUAAAAAUCGGCAACAUUAUCCAAGGUCUCGCAGAGCACAAAAGCCUUUCCAUCAGAUUGAUCCUCACAAGCUCAGCAGCUCAGUUUCUCAAAGGCCAAGCGGAGGAGCAGCCUAGCUUGGCCGAUAUCGCCAAACUGCCCAAUGUGGACGGGAUAUACGAGGAUGAUGCAGAGUGGUCGCAUCCAUGGACUCGCGGCGCCCCUAUCCUUCAUAUUGAAAUGCGAAAAUGGGCAGAUGUGCUCGUCAUUGCUCCUCUGAGCGCAAAUACAAUGGCAAGCAUGGUAGCAGGUACUUCAGCAAACCUGCUGACGUCAGUCAUUCGUGCUUGGGAUACUGAUGGCACCGUGGAUGGGCUGAAGAAGAAGAUUGUGGUAGCAACCGCCAUGAAUACUGCCAUGUGGAGGCAUCCGGUGACGGCCAAGCAUCUUAAAAUCCUUGAAGAAGAAUGGGGAGGGGAGAGCGGAUGGGUGGAAGUAUUACGGCCGAUUGAGAAAACGUUGGCCUGUGGCGAUGUUGGCGAAGGAGCAAUGGUCAGCUGGCAGACGAUUGUUGAAAAGAUUGAAGAGAGGCUAGAGCUUUGA